AUGGCGGACUUUGAGAGCCCAGCAGCGAUGCCUAAACUCAUCACCUUCCUCUCUUCUCUCCUCCAACGUGUAGCGGAGUCGAACGACGUUAACAAGAUCCUCAAAUCCCAGAAACUCUCUGUCUUCCAUGGCCUAACCAGGCCUAAUAUUUCCAUUCAGAGUUAUAUAAAAAGAAUUUUUAAGUAUGCAAACUGUAGCCCCUCUUGCUACAUUGUUGCAUAUGUUUAUCUUGAUCGGUUUACACAGCUCCAACCUACUCUUCCAAUCAAUUCUUUCAAUGUUCAUAGGCUGCUAAUCACUAGUGUCAUGGUCGCUGUAAAAUUCAUGGACGAUGUGUAUUACAAUAAUGCUUGCUAUGCUAAAGUUGGAGGAAUCAGCACAACUGAGAUAAACUUUCUUGAAGUGGAUUUUUUAUUUGGAUUGGGAUUCCACUUGAAUGUGACUCCCACCACUUUCUUCAAAUAUUAUUCUUACUUGGAGAGAGAAAUGAUGAUGCUUCAACCUCAUAUAAACAUGUCAGAAUCUUACUUAUUUAUUGGAAUUUCAUCAAAACUUCACUUGUCUUUCAAUGAAGAUGAACCACCCCAUCAUCAACAACAGCAACUUGCUGUUUGA